UUUACAUUUGGCUUACAGUCACUCAAUUUGUAUGAUUGUAGUUACAUUAAUUUAUAUGAAUUAAAUAUAAAUAGUCCAGUCGCCAGAGAUGAUCACGCUUGUUUCGGUAUUACUUUGAUUUUGUGUUGUUCUGUUCGGUGAUUUUGUUUUUGUGCCAUAAUAAUUAUGGAUAUGGACAAAAAGAAAGGCAGAUCAAUCUGUGCAACGAUCAACUGUGAAAUCAGUGUAUCAAAUUGCAGCUACAGUUUUUUUCGUUUUCCAAAAGACAAAGCAAGUGAGGUAAAGAUAACGAAAUUAAUAACACCAAUACAUCAUGGAGAAGGACCUUAUUGGUGCCCAGAAUCCAAAGUUUUGCUAUACACAGAUACUUUUAAAGCUACUUUGUACAAAUUAAAGACUGACAGAGAAAUACAAAUAUCGCCGGAAUGUUUUAAACUACCCAAUCAUGAUACUGUAGGGUUUGCAUUACCAAUAAAAGAUAAAAAAGACACAUGGGUUGUAUGCGGGGAUCGGCAUAUGUAUGAACUAAAAUGGCCAGAAAAAGGAAAAUUACAAUUCAAACAAAUACAUACUAUAGAAAAAGAUAAACCCAAAAAUCAGUUUAAUGACGGUAAAGCCGAUAAUCAAGGAAGAAUUUGGGGAGGCACUUUAAAAAGAGAAGCUGAUUUAUCAGUUCCUGAAUUUGGUGGCUCACUUUAUAUGUUUGAUCAUGAACUUAGAGAACAUGAAAAAGUUCCUAACGUUAGUAUAAGUAACGGAUUAGCUUGGUCUAAAGAUAAUACAAAAUUCUUCUUUAUUGACAGUGCUACAAGGGAUAUAGAAAAAUGGGACUAUGAUGCUGAGACGGGGGAAAUAAGUAAUAAAAAGAUAGUGAUAAACAUUAAAGAAGACGGAUACUCAGGUAUACCUGAUGGAAUGACCAUUGAUGAAGAUGACAACUUGUGGAUUGCCUUAUUUGGAGGUCAUGAAGUUAUCCAAGUAGAAACUAAAUAUGGAAGAAUAUUAAGGAACAUUAGAAUACCUGCCACUUAUGUCACAUCUGUAGCUUGGGGUGGUCCCAAUUUUGAUAUAUUGUAUGUAACCACUUCUCAAGCUCAUCUUGAUGAAAAACAGUUGAGAGAUGAACCUGAUGCUGGAUGUGUAUUCGAAGUCAGAGGAUUGGGUGUCAAAGGAAUUCCGCCUAAUCAAGCCAUUAUUAAAAAAAGUUGUUAAUAAAAUGAUACCAUUAAACUUUUAAAAUACUUGUGAUGAUUAUAAUAAAUUAUAUUAAAAUACAAUAAACAUAAAUUAUUUACGUAGUA